UCGAUGACAGACCACCGUGACAUACGUUUGUGUCUCUGUUUUAAAAGUUUUAAAUUAAUAAAUAAAUGUUAUUUAUUUUCCUCACAAAAAUUAAAAUAAAAUCAUUGUGAAUUGGAAUAUUUUCAUAAACAUUUGAAAAUAUUAAUAAUUUUAAAUAAAUCUCACUCUCUAUAUAUAAAUGAGCAACAGGUGAAAUGUUAUUCUUCGACAACGUUAAACACGAUUCAUUCGCAGUGAGCUCGAUGCGUGUCAAGUUGAUUAUAUCCAAAGAAAUCACGAAGCCGGUUUUAUUACGUAUUUCCUCUCAAGAUCAAUCUUGAUUUAAUAUUCCAAAAAAUUACAACAAUAAAAUGUCAAUCAAGUGUUAAAACAAAUGUAAAUUGAGAGAAAAGAAAAAUUAUCCAUAAAUUUAGAUAUUUUUUUAAAUAUUUCAAAAUAAUAUUCAGUGGAGUUAAAAAAAAAACCAGUGUUUAAAUAAUGGAUAAAUCGCAUUCAGUGAAAGUUUUUCAAAGUUGGAAUAUAUAAGUGGGUCAAGUGGAAAAAUAACAAUAAUUGUUUUUAUAAAAUCUAAACAUUAUACAACUAUCGGGAAUUUUUGUCGUCACAUUGAAGAUGAAUCUUUGGAAUUGCAAAUGAAGAAAAAAGUGUUUCCGUCAGUUUUUUUUUUUAAUUUUAAUUCUUUAGACGUAUAAUUUACAAAGCGAUUGCAAAAAAGUUUGAAUGGAAAUUUUUAUUAAUAAUAGACAUGAUUUGAAUGUGUAAAAAAAAGUUUCAUUAGCAUCAAAUUUUAAUUGGUAUAAUAUAUACCUUUUUUUUGAAUAUCUAGUGCCUCAAAAAAAAGUGAUGAGUUAAAAUGAUUGUCGAAGUUGGAUGAAAAAUCGGAAAAAAAAAAUAUUUUUUUCUACGAUAAAUGUGACAAGUUUUAAAAUAUUCUCAAUAGGAGGAGUGAAUAUUGCUGCUCAUUUUUCAACAAAUGUGGAGCGAUGUUCUUCAGAUGGAUUUUCUUGACGUGCCUCCUCAUUGGUACCGAUGGACAAUUCAGCAACAGUGCUGACAAUACUCCUCCGGUAAUGUGGUUCGAUCGAAAUAUUCGACUAUGGGACACAGAUCAAAUUGGACAUCAAGUUAUUAAAGUAAGAGCUGAAGAUUCUGAGGAUGAUGAUUUAACAUUUAGCUUGGAAAAGAAAGACGCCGAUUCUCAAGAGCCGCUACCUUUUUCAAUCAACAACAUGACUGGAAUCGUCGUUGUAAAUGAGACGCUUCAAGGAAGAGGAGGACAAGAGCUAUUCUUCUACGUGACCGUUUCUGAUGGAAAAGUAGCUUUAAAGUCAGAAGCCUACGCUUUGAUACAAAAAAACGAGACAGAAUCGAAUGCAGGUCACACGAGAUCGCCAUUUCAACCGGGAUCAGGUGGACGUAUGAGACCGCCAAUUUUAAAAUUACCCAAUUUAUCGGGUUAUCCUCGACCUUCAAUCUCUCAACUUCCAACAUUACAACCAUCGUCGAUUGAAUUCCCACAAACUGUCACCAAGCCAAGAACAACGAAAUUACAACCACAAGGGGCAAAAUUAGAUGAAAAUGAAGAACAACGAACGAGUACUGUAUUUCCUGCGGAAGCUGACGAGGUCAAUAAUGAAAUUGAAGGUCAUACAUUGAGUACUAAAGUUGCUCCAAGUGAAGCACCACAAUCGCAAUUUAUUGCAAUGACCUUCAUACCUGUUGCCGCUGUCUGUAUACUUCUUCUUAUAUUUGGUGCUGGCACAUGGUUCCUUCGAAACAGGUUUUGUGGAAGUCGAAAGUCCAAGGAGGACACGAAGGAGCAAGCCAGUGUUAGUGUUUCAAAUAUAUCGGACGAUCCAUCUCUAGUCCUGAAAAGAUGGGGAGGACCAAAAGCUCGUAACAAUCGUUAUGAGCCAUGGGAAAAGGAAAGUCGAUUGGGCAUCCAAAACAAAUCGCAUAAAGAUAAAUGGGAGUUUCCAAGACAUAGGCUAAAGGUCUUCAGUAUUCUUGGAGAAGGUUGCUUUGGCCAAGUGUGGAAAUAUGAAGCCAUAGAUAUUGAUGGUAUACCAGGACCAACAAUUGUUGCUGUGAAAACAUUAAAAGAGAAUGUCACGGAGAGAGAGAGACUGGACUUUGCACAGGAACUCAAAGUGAUGAAAAGCCUCGAGCCACAUCCAAAUGUGGUUAGAUUACUUGGAUGUUGCACUGAACGUGAACCGAUGUUUAUCAUUUUGGAGUAUAUCAGCGGUGGGAAACUUCAAAGUUUUCUACGAGCCUCGAGAGAAGAGAGAAAUCAUGGAAAACCUGGUCUCACAUCGAGGGAUUUAACUGGUUUCGUUUAUCAGAUUUCAAAGGGCAUGGAGUAUUUAGCAUCAAAGGGCAUAAUUCAUAGAGAUCUUGCUGCUAGAAAUAUUUUAAUAGACGAGAAUAGAGCGUGUAAAGUUGCUGAUUUUGGAUUUGCAAGAGACGUAGCGGCAAAUCAAAUUUACGAAAGAAAAUCAGAAGGACGACUUCCAAUUCGAUGGAUGGCGCCUGAAAGUCUCUACGAUAAUAUAUUUUCCGUAAAAUCAGAUAUUUGGAGUUUUGGCGUUCUUAUUUGGGAAAUUGUCACUCUUGGUUCAACUCCCUAUCCUGGAUUAGGAGCUGCUGAGGUGAUGAGGCGAAUAAAAGAAGGCUAUCGACUUGACAGGCCAGAACAUUGUAAGCGAGAACUUUAUAAUAUAAUGUAUUACUGUUGGGAUAAGGAUCCGGCGUGUAGACCCUCAUUUGGCGAAUUGGUAAAUUUAACUGAAGGACUUUUACUUGAUGAAACUGAUUACAUUGAACUAGACAGGUUUCCGGAUCACUCGUACUAUAACGUACUUAAUUUGAGUGGUGAAAAGCUGUGAAUAGUGACCUUUUAUUUUUCUUAAUGAUGAACUUAAUUUGAUUAACAUCACGAUUAUUUGAUCGGUUGUGUAAUAAUACUCCAAUUAUGUAAAUAUUUCUUUCUAGUUUUUAAUAUAUUAUUAUUACUAUAAUAUAAAUAUAGAAAGUUGUUGAGAAUUUUUCAAAGAAAAAUUUUACAUUUGAAUAUUUAAAAAAGCAUUUAUUAAAAUUUGAAAAUAUUCAAAUUGACAAUAUCUAAUCUCAAUGUUUAUGAAAUUUUGAUAUUAUGAACAAUUAUUAAUUAUUAUUUAAUGUGAUGAUGAAUGUUAUAACUAUCGUGUUAUUAUUUUAUUAUGAUAAUGUGUAAAUUUUAGAAAUUGUGAAAAAAAAGGAAUAUUGUUUUGUUAUUAUAUUGAUGAAAAAUUAUGAAAUAUUUGAUGUUUCAUGAUAUCAAAAAACUAUUUUAUAUUUAUAAUAAUAAGUAUUGUAAUUUAUUUAAAUAGAUUAUAAUACAAAUUUGAAAAAAAAUGAUUUUAUCAUUUUUCUCACAUAUUUUAAAUUAAGAAAUUGG